AGAGAGAGAGAGAGUGUGAUUGGCCCCCAGUGCUGCUCCAAUCACUGCUGGACUCAUUUCAAAGUGUCAGAGCUGAGAGAGAAGACGACUGGCAAGACUUCUUCUUCUUCUUCUUCUUCUUCUUCUUCCUCACUGGUCACCAACAUGGAGUCUAUCUAGCAGUCUGAUGUCAGCAGGAUGGUCAAGGAGCUCUGAUCCAGGAUGACACCUCCCAGCAGCAAAGUGCUGCAACUGCUGCUGGCCUCCAUGCUGCUGCUGCAGGGAUGUGCUGCUCAGACACAAGGAGUUUGCAGCGGCACUCAGAAUGGUUUGAGCACGACGGGCAACUCCAGCGACCAGUACAACCUGGCGAGGGAGAGGUACACCGGCUGCGAGAUUGUCAUGGGGAACCUUGAGAUCACCAACAUGGAGCACAUCAGAGACUUCUCCUUCCUGCAGUCAAUCAGGGAGGUGACAGGCUACAUCCUGGUGGCCCUCAACGAGUUCAGCCGCCUGCCGCUGGACCACCUGCGCGUCAUCAGGGGCACCACGCUGUACGAGGACCGCUACGCCUUGGCCGUGAUGAUCAACUACCAGAACGAGGGCCAGCACGGCCUGCAGGAGUUGGGCCUGACGCACCUCACAGAGAUCCUGGAGGGAGGAGUCAAGAUCAUCCAGAAUAAAUACCUGAGCCACGCCCCACAGGUCACCUGGCUGGACAUCGUGAAGGACGGCACGGUGCCCAUCGACAUAAACCACAACGGGGCCGAGAAGCCCUGCAGUGAAGCGUGUAAAGAUGGAACAUGUUGGGGUCCAGGAAACGACACAUGUCAGAUCUUGACAAAGACAAUCUGCGCUCCUCAGUGCAAUGGACGCUGCUUUGGCAGGAGCCCCAGCGAGUGUUGUCACAAUGAGUGCGCUGGCGGCUGCACGGGGCCCUUGGACACCGACUGCUUUGCCUGCAGGAAUUUCAACAACUCCGGUUCCUGCGUCCCUCAGUGUCCCCAGACCGUCAUCUACAACAAGACCACGUUCAGACUCGAGCCCAAUCCUGAUGCCAUGUAUCAAUAUGGCUCCAUCUGUGUCUCCCAGUGUCCCACAAACUUUGUGAUGGAUGGCAGCUCGUGUGUGAGCAAUUGUCCUUUGGGUAAAAUGGAGAUGGAGAAAAACGGUCUAAAAAGCUGUGAGCCCUGUGGAGGUCUCUGUCCUAAAGUGUGCCGCGGUACGGGGACUCAGGACCGGGAGACCGUGGACGCGCUCAACAUAGACGGUUUCAUCAACUGCACAAAGAUCCAAGGCAGUCUUCACUUCCUGGUGACCGGGAUCCAAGGUGACGAUUACAAGAAGGUGCCGGCCCUCGACCCGGAGAAACUGAAGAUCUUCAACACAGUGCAGGAGAUCACAGACAUCCUCAGUAUCCAAUCAUGGCCUGAAAACAUGACCGACCUCUCCGUCUUCUCCAACCUGCAAACCAUCCAAGGCCGAUCACUUAACAGGGGCUACUCUCUACUGGUGAUGAGGAUCCCCUCCCUGACCUCCCUGGGCCUACGUUCUUUGCAAAGAAUCAACGACGGCAGGGUUUACAUCACCCGAAACAAGAACCUGUGUUACUACGACACGGUCAACUGGACGCGGAUCUUCAGCGGCAGUUCGCGGCCACAGCGGCGGCAGAAGUACGCCGAUAUCAAAGAAAACCGGCCAAGAGCUAAGUGCGUGGAGGAGGGUCACGUGUGCGACCCCCUGUGUUCCUCCGAGGGCUGCUGGGGUCCGGGACCUGACCAGUGCCUGUCCUGCAGCAAAUACAGCAGAGGAGGAACUUGCGUGGCAGACUGCAUGUUCCUGACGGGGGAGAGGCGAGAGUUUGCCGACGCUUCAGGGGAAUGUAUGCACUGCCACUCCGAGUGUAAAGUCCAGGAGGGAAAGCAGACCUGUACAGGCCAGGGAGCCGAUCAGUGUGUCGCAUGCGCCAACCUGCAGGACGGCCCCCACUGUGUGACUUUGUGUCCUGAGGGUGUGAUGGGAGGUGAGGGAGUUAUCUUCAAGUACCCAAACAAGCAAGGCCGCUGUGAGCCGUGUCACACCAACUGCACCCAAGGGUGCUUAGGUCCAACAAUUGGGGACUGUGUCGGGUCUUCCAGAUCCAUUUCUGGACAAGCCACCACAGCCAUCGUGCUGGGAGUCAUCGCCCUUCUGUUCGCCAGCUUCUCUGUUUUCGUGCUGAGCGUUCUGUAUCGCAGAGGCCUCGCCAUCCGUCGCAAACGAGCUAUGAGGAGAUACAUGGCCAGUGGAGAGAGCUUUGAGUCUCAGGAUCCCGGAGAGAAGGGUCCGAAAGUCUACCCUCGGAUCCUGACGGCCACACAAGUGCGGAAGAUCAAGCUGCUGGGUAACGGAGUGUUUGGAUUUGUUCACAAGGGUGUUUGGAUUCCUGAAGGAGACACGGUGAAGCUCCCAGUUGCCAUAAAAACAAUUCAUGAUCGCACUGGACGGCAGACAUUCUUUGAAGUGACUGAUCACAUGUUGGCGAUUGGAAGCUUGAGCCACGCCAACGUAGUCAGGAUCCACGGGAUCUGCCCCGGGGAAGACCUGCAGCUGGUGAGCUUGCUCAGCAGCCAGGGCUCCCUGCUGGACCACGUCAGGAACAACAAGAACAAGCUCAGUCCGCAGAGGCUCCUCAACUGGUGUGUGCAGAUCGCUAAGGGUAUGUUCUACCUGGAGGAAAACGGCAUGGUUCACAGGAACCUGGCAGCCAGAAAUGUGCUGCUGAAGAAUAACUGCACCGCCCAGAUCUCCGACUACGGCAUCGCAGACUUACUGUACCCAGACGACAAGAAGUACUAUUACAAUGAAGUCAAGAUGCCAAUCAAGUGGAUGGCCUUGGAGAGCAUCCUGUUCCGCAGAUACACUCACCAAAGCGAUGUUUGGAGUUACGGCGUGACAAUAUGGGAGAUGAUGUCCCACGGAGCGGAGCCCUACUCCACCAUGCGCCCGCAGGAAGUUCCUGAUCUGCUGGAAAAGGGGGAGCGACUGUCCCAGCCUCCUAUUUGCACCAUCGAUGUCUACAUGGUCAUGGUCAAAUGUUGGAUGAUUGACGAGAACAUCCGUCCCACGUUCAAGGAGCUCGCCAAUGAGUUUACCAGAAUGGCGAGAGACCCUCCUCGCUACCUGGUGAUAAAAGAGGAUCGCAGCGAGCAGGACGCGCCUCCCGAUGAGCUAACCCACCGGAGUGCAGACCUGGAUGACCUGGAGGAUCUGGACUUUGAGCUGGAGGACCAGGGGCAGGAAGUAGAAAUGGAAGGCCUCCACCCACCCUCGCACUACCUGUUUCACUCCAGGAGCCUCAAUGGCCUCUCCAGGCUGGAUUCCCACAGAGUGGUGCUGACUUCACCGGUCGCUGCUGGUUAUCUGCCAAUGACAGCGGGCGUGGACAACCCGGGACAGGCUCCGUGGCAAUCACGCUCUCGACUCAACUCCGCUCGGACCGUGUCGGAGAGUUUGGUGGGGUGUGGCCUGGAGAUGAUCGAGGACUUGGGUCGGACCGGAAGCCCCAAGCGGGGACGCCACCGGGAGGACAGCGCCUACGUGUCCCAGAGGGACAGCCUGUCCGGCGGACCAUCUCAGACGCCAUCUCCAGAUGUGUACGAGGAGGACCUAAACGGUUAUGUGCUGCCUGGAGACAGUCCGGAGAGAGAAACCCUGCUGUGCCCAUCGGGAGUCAUCAACGGCAGGAUGGGCAAGUCGCCCUCGCCGGGGCUCCUGGACAGCCUUCACGACGAGGAGUACGAGUACAUGAACAAGCAGACCAGCGUCUCGCCGAGAAUCAACAAAACCCUCAAAGACAACGGCCAGCGGCCGAAGCCGGACAAGAAGCGAACGUCGUCCGUGUCGUCGCAGGUGACGGCGUGCUCGGGCGACGUGCCGCCAACCCUCAGGAACGCCGACUCAGAGCAGCUGGGAUGUCAGGAGGUUCAGUAUGAAUACAUGGAUAUCAGGAAGGAUGAAGGCCCUCCCGCACAUGACCCUCCGCCUCCUCCUGCAGAAGCAGGCGUGGUCGCCGAGGAAGAGGAGGAGUAUGUGGAGGACAGUGACUAUCACUACACUAACAGACAGCCCAAACUGCGCCAAGCUCUUCUGGAAAACAAGGAGCUGAAGAUCCAGGACAGGGACGAGUACGAAGACAUGGACUGCUUGGGCGGCGCAGAGGCGGCGGUGUACCAGAACUUGCAAAUGGCAGGCGAGGGCGGGGCGAGAGGCCUCCAACAAUUAGGGUGCGGGCCUUAUGUAAAAGUACGAGCUGGAGUGGCGGUGGGAGAUCCCGUGUGCGCAGACAGAUCCUUUGACAAUCUGGACUACUGGCACAGCAGGAUGCGCCUCAAGACCAAAGCGGUGCCCACAUGAAGAAGACCCAUCCCUUGCCUGGCAUUUUUUUUAAUCCAUGAAGGACUUGACAGGAGAUUAUAGCAGAAGCUGAAAUGUA